UCUAUAAAAUCCCAUCACAACCCGAGCCGAAACAGAGUUCAGAUUCCAACCCUUGUUUGUGUGGAAUUCUCUCCACCAUUAGCAGCAAUGGUGAAGUCUCCCAACCGGGACGAGACGGGAGGGGUAAAGAAGGGGCCGUGGACGCCGGAGGAGGACCGGAAGCUGGUGGAGUACGUGGAGAAGCACGGGCGCGGCAGCUGGCAGCGGAUCCCCAAGAUUGCCGGCCUCAACCGCUGCGGCAAGAGCUGCAGGCUGCGGUGGACCAACUACCUGCGCCCUGACAUCAGGAGGGGCAAGUUCACGGAGGAGGAAGAGCAGCUAAUCAUCCACCUGCACUCCAUGCUCGGAAACAAGUGGAGUUCGAUCGCGACGAAGCUGCCCGGGAGGACGGACAACGAGAUCAAGAACUACUGGAACACGCACCUGAGGAAGAAGCUCAUCCGGAUGGGUAUCGAUCCGGUGACGCAUCGGCCGGCGACCAACCUCAAUCUCCUAACCGGCCUCUCCAACCUGCUCUCGGCUGGUGGUCUCGGCGGCACCGCCAGCCACUUGGAUAACGCUCUCAAGCUGCAGGCCGACGUCGCGCACCUGCUCAAGCUGCAGCUGGUGCAGAGCCUGAUCCAGGUCUUAACCAGCAGCUACGGUACUCCAAACAUGGACCUGAUGAACCUCUUCCGGUCGCCUCCUCUCGGGAACCACCAACCGAGCGAUCUCCUGCAGCUGAGCCGCCAGAUCGAGGGCGGUCUCGGAGGCUCGCUCAGCCUGCAGAACUCGAUUCCGAUGAUCCCAAACCUCUCGAUCUUGAGUCACUACCUGAACAAUAUUGGAUUGCAGCCUACACCCGAGCGCAGCUUUCCAUCGGACGCGGCAGCAGUUACAGCAUCAGAUGCUUCAAGAACGGAGGAGCCGAGCGCGGAGAUCAGCAACGUCAGUAGCACCAGUUCCAUUCCGGCGUCGAGCUCGACCCAUCCACUGGUUUCUGCCUCUUCCGAGACCAAGAACAUUGACCUGGUCCAAUCGAGUGAUACCCUGUACACCAACACACUGGCCUCUGAAUCGUUCGAGACCUGCUGGGACAACCUGAUGAAGUCGGAUAACCUCGACAGUCAUUUUGGCUGGAAAGAUAUCAUAGACCAGAUGUCAUGGCCUGAUGCACCCUAGAGACCACAGGAGCUCAUCGAUCACACGAGGAAACCAGCAAUAUGCAUCACCAGCGUACGUCACAGAUAGCAUCUCCAGCAUCAUUUUUUAUGUACAAGCUGCUGUAUAUGUUCCGAUAGAUAAAGAAUAAAAGGGGUUUCUUUUCUCAUUCA